AACUAAUUAAUGUCUGUUACACCAGCCCUCAGAGCAGGUGCUCGCUCGGCGUACCGUGAUUUGCUACGAGCUUCAGCUUCUACUUUUCAUGGCGACGAGCCCGUCCAAAGAGCAUUCCGAUACAAGAUGCGGAAGGAAACAUUGUAUUUGGACAGCUCCAUGCAGCAUGACAUGAAACUGGUUCAAGACAAAAUCCAGCUCGCCCGCGAACUUGCAACCAUGCUACGCAGAAAUGUCGUGCAAGCUCACAGGACACGAGCUCAAGAUGGAGAUGAUGUUUGGAACCUUCGGUUCACGAAGGACACUGAACUUGGCGAAAACGAGAGUAUCAAAAACCCACCUCCCAUGUCUUCUAGCAGACGAGCACGAAAAUUAGAGAAGGGCGAGCAAAGUAUAGAACCUGCUGCUCAGCAUAGCGUCAAUAUGCCGCAACAUUUUUCCGCUCUCAAGAGGGCUCACAAAGAGCGGAAGAUUCCGGAGUUGCGUGAGGGAGACAUCGAGGAAUCAUUUGUUAGAGGCAGCGGUCCUGGUGGACAAUCUAUCAAUAAGACCCAGAAUAAUGUUCAACUUCUUCAUAAACCCACUGGUUUUCGUGUAGCGUGUCAGGAAACUCGAUCACUUCAAACGAAUCGCAUGCUCGCUAGGCGGUUACUCCUGGAAAAGGCGUGUAUCUCUGAACAUGUCACGCCUACAUAGAUGGGCUAACCAGUUCAAAUUAUUCCUAUCGAAUGCCGAUGCUUCCGAUUGAAAUUAUUUAGCUAGACAAACUACACAACCCUGGCCUAUCAAAGGGUGAACUGCAGCGCGCGAAGCAACAAGAAAGAGAACGUCGACGACGGAAGAAGUCGAAGAGGAAGGCGAGCGCAAGAGAAGGACUGCCAGGAAGCGCAGGAAAAGUCAUGAACCCUAUGACUAGGGCCCAUAUAUAAUGAAGAAAUGACUGCUGCUUCUGUUUAAGCACCGUAAUCCGAACGUUCAACCCUAUGUAGAUGGUAAAAUUUAGUAUGUAGCUACAUAGAAUGUUCAUUGCAAGUCACAAUCCACCAGAGCUGCGGAAUACUCCGGUGUGGGGAAGUCACCCAG